AUGGAUGAGGUGGAGUUGAGGGAAUUGGAAUUGGGGAUGGUCGAGGAAGUCUCGACGGGACCAGGCGCCAAUUGCCCGGUCGUUACACCGUACCUUGGUCUUGCAGAAGUUGGGGAAUCCACUGGCUGGCUCUUGAAGAAUGAAAACAUGAAAUAUCUCCACGCGCUUCAUCUGUUUACUGUCCUAGUGCUCUGCCGCCUGCCUGUGGUAUUCUCGCAGCACAAAGUUAUCCUGACAAACGACGAUGGCUGGGCGGAGGCGCAGAUUCGUGCCGAGUACGAAGCUCUGAAUGAAGCUGGGUUUGAUGUUGUCUUGUCUGCCCCCGCAGAAAAUAUGUCAGGGACUGGCUCGCGAUCUGAGGAUCCAACGCCUCGUACAGAGCCUUGCGAGUUUGAUAGUUGCCCAGCAGGGUCCCCAGCUGUUGGCUUCAACGAGACGGACCCACGCCUAAACUACGUGAAUGCUUUCCCUGUGGACUCCGUGCGCUUCGGCAUCCAAACGUUGGCUCCAAAGUUCUUCAACGGCAAGCCUGACAUUGUUAUCAGCGGAUCUAAUGUUGGGAACAACCUUAAUUUGGGAGUUCUGGGCUCUGGGACGGUGUGCGUCGCAACUCUUUCCUUAGUUUUCCGUAACGCACUAAUAUCGAUUGAAUUUAGCGGAGCUGCGGCCGAAGGCUCUAAAGAAGGCAUAUCAUCCAUCGCCUUUUCUGGGGCGACCGCCUCGCAUAUAUCAUACACCUCGCUUGAAUCCGACCCAACCUCCCAGGAUAGCGUCGCAGCGCGAAUUUACAGCUCGUUGAUCCUUACCUUCGUCAACAAACUAUUGGACGGCCCGGGCGACAUACUCCCAUCACAUACGUUCUUGAACGUGAACUUCGCGCCGACAGAUAAUUGCCCCACAGCGGAGAGCUUCAAGUUCAUAUUCACGCGAUUAAUCCCGAACCCAUUCGUCAAAGACGUGAAUACUUGUGGGAAGGAUCACUUACCUGAUGAAACAACGACAGUGGCGAGAGGUUGCUUCGCCAGCGUAACGGCGUUGGAUGAUAGGUUGAAAUUAGACGUAGGAAAAGAAAAACAAGCGCAAGUAUUGGGUCGAUUGAAUGGCUUGGUAUCUUGCUUGUAA